UCGAUAAUACCGUUUCGUUCAUUCAGUGACAAUAAUAACAAUAUUAAUUGUUAUCAUCGAUCGACCACAAAACACAAAUAUUCGCAGUAUUACGAAAACAAAUUUUCCUACGUGUUGUCGGUGGGUUGACGUAGAGUCGUAGAGUAAAAGCAGACGUUACUUACGUUGGUGAUGACCGCACAGCCAUUGUACUACGUUCCGGUCAGAACAAACGUAAAAUAGAACACUAAAACUUAUAACGUUACAAAUGUCCUACGACAAUGACGAAUCCAUCGAAAGAGUUUUAAAUAAUUUAUAUCAAAUGAAAACAUUGUAUGUGCACACUGCGAUCAAUAUGCUUAUAUUCGUUUACUAGUAUUGUACAACGUUCAUCGUCAUGACUGAAAAUCCAAUUCUACACGUUUUGGUGGUUGGGUUCCAUCAUAAAAAAGGAUGUCAGGUAGAAUAUGCUUAUCCGCCAUUUAUCGAAGAUACCACUGGUGUUUCUGCUGAAUGUCCGACAGCUUGGAAGCAUUUGCCGUAUUUAGCAUUACCUGAUGGAUCGCACAACUUUGAUGAAGACACUGCAUACUUUCAUUUACCAAGUCAACAAGAUCCGAAUGAAACAAUUUAUGGAAUUUCAUGUUACAGACAAAUACCAUUAGAAAAAAUUAUUAACCGAACUCCUGAUAUGACACGAAGUACAAUCCAAAAAUCAGUCUGUGUACUUAGUACAUUACCAUUAUAUGGACAUAUUCAAGUUAAAAUGUCUCUAAUUACACAUGCAUAUUUUGAAGAAGGCGAUUUCAGUAAAAUAUCACUCUUACAUGACACUUAUCACCACCUCAAUGCCUGUUUAUCUAGUAUAGACAAUAUUAGCACUAGUCCUCAUCUUUUUGUUGGUCUAUCUGCAGUUGAACUUGUGACAAGGUUUAGACAUAAAGUAUUGUUGCUAUUUAAAUUAAUGUUGUUAGAAAACAAAGUACUAUUUUUUUACUCUCCUGUUCGUCCACUGUGUUCUACAAUACUGACCUUAUUAUCUCUUCAUCCUGGACUUAUUGAAAAUGGGCUCAAUAAAUCUGCCAAUAUUAACCUUAGUAGUGCUACCCAACCCUCCAUUGAAAACAAAUGUGAAGUUAAUGCUUCAAAUGUAAGUCCAGAAACAGAAGAUUAUGAUCACAUCAUUGUUAGUCAAAAAUCAAAUGAAGUUGUUGAUGAAGAAUUAGUUCCUAACAAUACAUUUGUUUCAAACAUUCCUAAAGAUCCUAGUAUCGAUUCGUUGGAUGAAGCUGCUGUGCAGUAUAAUAUGAUAAGUAUUGCUCAAAUCAAUUCUGAAGACUGUGGAGUUCCUAUGUCUAUUUUUGAUAAUGGUAAUUUAUGUCAGCCAUAUUCUUGCCUGUCAUACAUGGAUAUAUUAACAGAUCCAAGUGUUCGAGGAUAUGUAAUCGGAGCAUCAAAUAUAUUGUUUAAACAAAAGAAGAAUUUAGCUGAUGUGAUUGUUGAGAUCGAUGAAGGAAAAGUAGAAAUAGAAAAUAUUGAACUUAAACGACAUUUACAUUUAACUACAGAAGAUCUUCGUUUUGCUGAUUACCUAGUUAGACAUGUCGUCCAACCUGAUAAAGAAGAUGUAUUUCUGGAUGGAGUUGGAUGGGAAGGUGGCGAUGAAUGGAUAAGAGCACAAUUUAAGGCUUAUUUGUUAUCUUUAUUAAGAACAUCACUAUUAAGUGAAGGAGCACCCGAAUUAAACCACUUUAAUCCAUCAUUUAUAUCUGCUUGGCAACAAACGAAAAAUUACCAAGUUUGGUUAAACCAAGAACACCAAGCAAUUAUGGCACUUGAACCUUGUCAUCCAUUUGCUGGUCAAUUGUCUGUAGCUGAUAUGAAACUAAGGAUAUCACACACAAUGCAAAGCAGUAGAAGUGGUCGAAAGUUAAAUCAAGCAGUCCAAAAUACAAGUAGAGCAGUUGCAUCCACGGGUAAAGUUGUUGGAGGUGCUAUUUCACAAGCUAAGGGUGCAGUAACAAAUUGGUGGAGUAACCUAACCACAACUCAAGAUCUAGAAGAUGAGAAAAAUACACCUGUUAUUCAGGAUAUUUAACUGAAUUAUAAACUCUAAACGAGUAUUUAUCUACUGUUUCUUCUGAAUUUUUUUCAGUUAUACCAUUUUAUAUUUUAUUUUAUUUUUUGUAUUAUUGUAUGAUUAAAUCUUUAUUUAGUUUAAGUAAAUUAUUUUAAAUCUAUUUAUAUUUGACAUUGACAACUAUGGAUCUAAGACAUGUUUGUUAUAAAUUAUAAAAAAAUUUAGUCUAUCUUCUAAUAGACAUAGUACCGACAAAUUUUAUAUACAUUUCUGAAAGAAAUUUUUAAAAAUUCUAUUAUCUACUUCUAAAUUCAAAUAAUUACACUCUAGGUCUAAUUUUAAAUAACUUUACAUGUCAUGUAUACCUCACACUAUAUAGAAUAUUCCAGAAUAACUGAACAUUAAUAUACGUAGUACUACGUUAUUUAAUUUAUAAAAAUUUGAAUUAUACAUAAUAUAUCUUUUCUAAAACAUACCUUAUUAAUAAAUUAUACUCACAAAUUAUUCAUGUAAAAAUUACUAUACAAAAAAUUCUAGUAUAUUCCUAAUUAUAAACUUUAUCAAAUAUCUUAGCAUAAAUUUUAUUAACUGCAUUUUUUUACUUAUCCAUAUAAAAUAUAUUUUGAUAUUUACAAUAAUAUUCGUAACAAUAAGUAAUGAUACACUUUGUUCUAUAAUCAUUUCCAAAUAAAUUUAAAUCAUCCAAAAAUUUAUCAAAUAUCAAUAUAAAAUACCUAGUAACAAAACAAAAUUUUACAAAAAUAAAACAUAUUCUCUGCUAUAUCACAGUUACUUAGUGUUAGUAUACUACUGGGGAUUACUCCAUAUCUUAUUAAAAUAACUAAGCAAGUAUUUGAAUACCUAUAAACCUAUUUAGAAGUGUCACUACUUAAUAUGAUCACCUGUUAAUAUCAAAUUAAUCUUAAUAUACUUUAAUCAAGCAACCUAAUAUUAUCAUUUUUUUUUUUUUUUUUAAUCAACUUAAGAAUAAACUUUUAUCAAAAGACCAAUAUGAUCACAUAUCAGUAAAAAAAUUGUAGAUUAUAACAUCCAAUUUAUUAUUUUAAAUCAUGGUGUGUUUCUAAUUGUUAGACAAUUUAUUAUUCAAUCACAUAUUUUAAUUUGUUUACUAUUUAAAGUUUGACAUAAGUAUUUCAUCUUAACAGAUAAGAAUCUGCAUGCUUAAUUAUUUUUAAGUUAAUAAUGUACCUAUCAAAUUAAAUUACAGCAUAAUACAUUUUAUAUUCAUUUAAUUUUUUUUAUUACUAAUUGGAGAAAACACCAUGAUAACAAGUACUGUAAUUUAAUUAACACUUUUAUCAUUAUACAUGAAUAUGGUCAUCUGAGGAUUAACUAGUCGUCACAAGUUAAAAACAAAAAAAAAACAAUUAUUAAUGUGUUUGUUUUUUUGGCACACUGUUUCCAUUCUUUAUCAGCAACAUUCUAGCAACCUGCGAUUUUUAAUUUACAGAAUCUUACUACUAUUUAGUUUAUUAAAUAAUAAAACUAGGUAUACAAUGUAAUACCUAGUUAUUUUUAUAUUUAUUGUAAUUCCAUGACUUCUAUUUUUUUUUUUCAUAAUAUGCAUUUAUACUAUAUUUCUGCUCAAAAAAUUUCCUUUUCAACUGUAAUCAUUGACAUUGUGUUUGUACACUCGUUAAAAUACAAAAUCACAAAGGCAUUGUAACUAUAUAAUUGAAUAUAAUUUAUCUAUAUUAAAUAAAAAAAAUUGCAUGUAAAGUAUUUGUAUUAUUGUUAUUAAUAUUUACUGUGUUUGUAAUAAUUAUUAAUUUUAAAUACUUAAUGUAUUAUAAAAUAGCCAUUUUUUUAAUAGAUAUAAUGUAUAAUAUAAUUAUGCCAUAUCUAGUAAAUUUACAUCACCAAUCAUCUGUAUUAAAUUUAGCAUAGACUUGUAUGGGGAGGGGGAGUUAAUUGCCUCUCAAACUUUUAUUGUAAUAGUAAAGAACAUGUUUUGAUCCCUGA